AUGCAUGUCCCUCCAAGAGCGAAAAAUCCAACCGCAGAGGACUUUGAAUACUGUCGUGGGGAAUUCAAGAAAUUAAGUCGUAAGCUUGCGAAGGGCGACUUCAACAGUUCAGACCGUGAGGAAAUGCUCUUUGACGCUCUGGAAUAUGGAAAGACCGUGGUACAGUACGCCAUUGAACUUCAAAACAAACACGUUUCGGAGAGUCACCAAAAUGAGACGGACUCUAGUAGCGACGGCAAGUUCUCAGAUGGGGGUGUACCCCUGCCGUCGAAGAUAGCACGUGUAUCAGUCAGCAAGAAACGUGCACGAAGUGAUGACACCAGCAGUGAAGACGAGGAUGACUCAAAAUCUUUGAAAAAAGUGCGAAUGACCACGACCAAAAAACGUACUCGAGAUGCGGUGGAAGACUCUAGUGACGACGGACAAACAUCGAGGUCCUCUAAGAAAGCUCGGCUGGGAGGAGAGAAGGUGGAAGCUGCCAGAGUAUUUAAAGAACUCGAUGCUCUACUAAAGACUUCCGUCAAAGGAUCAAAGUAG